UCUCAAUAAUACCAUCACCUCUGAGAUACGAUUGACACUUGUCGCAGUGAAUUGUAUCACUCUUCGAAUCAUUCAUAAUUCCCCGAAUGAAGUUUUUCACGCGUGUUGCAUGAAUUGACGCUGGGAAAUGGCGGGAGUUGUGCCAUUGUCGGGUAAAACCGUGCGGAAACAGUGGUUUUCUCAUGACGGGCCUAGAGGCUCGCUCAGAGGCCUGAGAUCUCAACUGGCCGAGGACGGUUGUGCGGAGUCUCAAGUAGUCCUCGGAAAACGAUUGCUGGAGGAACGCAGCGAGCGCGACGUAGACAAAGAGGAGAAUGCAAAGCUCGGUGUGUACUGGUUGACAAAGGCCUCGGAGCAAGGUAACAUCGAGGCAACAGAGAUCCUGAAAAAAUGCCUAGAAACGGGACACGGCAUAACAGAACACAACUAUUACGAUGCAAAGAGUUGUCUCGAGAUGCCGCAGGAUGAGAAACUGGCGAGACGUGCGGCGCGUGAAUUAUUCUCGAGUUUAUCCAACGGCGAGGACUUCGUGACAAUGGACCAACUGAGGCGUCAAUUAAGAACAAUUCGCGACAGAUCGCGAAGUGACUCCGACGAUGACUCCCUGCACUCCGAGGGCAAUUCCGAGAGCAGUGGAGUUGACGAGAGUACCCACCGAUCACUGGAAUACCCCGAGAGCUUUGAUCAUCAGGGUGAAAAGAUAACCGAGGCAGCGCUGGUGUCCGCAGCAACAAGUUACGCCCGUGGACUUCUGCCGACAGUGUCAAGAGCCCUCUGCACGGUGAAUCAGACACGAAUGGAGCUUGAGAAUGUACCUCUCCUGCAGAGGCCCUUCGUCCACCCCCUGGAAUCCCUCAAGUGGAUGUGGGAGUGGAUUGUCGAAAGAAUUGGCAGACGCGGUGGAACAUACGCCAAGUCCUUCUUCACCUCAAACCUCCAGACCCUAAUCCUCCUCGUCAUUUACUCCCUCUUCGGCACUGAGAGCCUAGUCCUCUUUGUUCCAAUGGUAAUCUACUACCUCUCAUUCAUCAUCAUGGUGGUGGCGACCUUUCAGAUGCUCCAGAGUAAACGAGAAUUUCACGAUUUUCGCAACUGGUCUGGCCUCUUCAUAAGCUACUCCGGUGGUAAUCUCAACGCCGAUGAGGCUGAGUACCAGUUCUGCAGGAAUAAUCUCAAGCCCUACGGUCACUUUUUCCUAGCCCUCCUGCUGAAUCUCAUGAUCUAUCCUGUAAUUGCACACCAGUGGACUCCACAAUCCGAAUUCACGAUGAUUGCAUUCGUACUUACUUUAGCAACUCUCUACAACUUUGCGUGGAAGGACUCCUCGAGGCUGCCGGACUUCCUGGCUCUCGUCAGCUUUGCCGUUCACGUUCUCGCAAAAUAUCCCUAUGAAACCGACAUCGUGGUCGCCCAAACCUGGAGAUUCUUGGACAUAAGAGUCCCUACAUUCGCCUCUUACGUAGUUGGAAAUGGCAUUGAAUUCUGCUUGAAUUUCAGGGCUGUUUUCUACCUUCUCAUUCCUGGAGUUUUCGCCAAGAUGGCGGGGAGGGACGGGUGGAAGGGCACUUACAGGACACUUAUACCUCAUUGUGUGACCCUGAGCUGGUGGCAGAUUGCCAUUUUGAGCUCUCAAGGGGCCACUUGGUAUGGAUUGAUCAGGGGGGCGCUGGCACUCGUUGGAAUGGUUUUGUUUUUGCCUAUUGCUGGACUGGCGUCGGUUCUGCUGCCCAUUGUAGCCGCUGCCAGGUACUUGUCGGACAGUGAUGUUGCCAUGAAGAUUGGGAUUACUGUGGCGGUGGGGGGACUGCCCUUCCUUGCCUCCUGGUACUUGAGAAGGGUCAGGGGGUCCAGGUUCAAUUGGGUUAUCACGUAUGUGCAGUUGGUCGUGGGGGCACUUGCUGGGGUCUUUCUCUGCUGGCCGGUUAUACUUGAGUACAAGAAUGGCGAGGAGGGGGUUAUUGGGCAUUCAGGGGCUUCCAUGUUGACGUGGGAGCAGUAUCAGAAUCACUGCCAUCAGCCUGCCUGGGAGGAACUCUCGUCCAAGGCUCAGGUUCAGGUGCAGUGCGCACAGCUGGAGGGGAUCACAGUCGCCUGGGAGGGAUAUGUCACUAAUAUCAGGGUCAAGACGGUUGAGAACAGCGUUGCAGGGGUCUUGAGGAGAUUGCCUGAGGGCAUUGAGAGCAGGCUCAGUUGUGUCUUUGGGGUGCCGGUGGAUGAGGGCCUCUGUCAGGGGCUGGAUCCCACCAGGAGGAGUACCUGCGAGAUGAUUGGGAAAAUGCAGAGGAGAAAGUGCCAGGUUAACAAUUGGAAUAGGUAUGAGUUUGAGAUCUUUGUGAAGAUGAAGAAUGGACUCUGGGGGAGCAAUGCGGAGAUCGUUUUAGUUGGGGAUCACUCGUUCAUGAAUUUCAGUUUGAAUAUUUAUCCUGGGGAUAAGAUACAGUUCUCCGGGGUACUGACGAAUCAAGGGGGCGAGGGGGAGUCGCUUCUGGGGGGAGCUAGGCCCAUGGUGCACCUCGAGGAGGUCGCCUGCAGUGCUUGCCAUGUUAUUCAUCUUGAGCCGAGCAAACGGGAGAGGGGGUGUAGGGUCUCUGUUGGGGUUGUCACUAGGACACUUGUUCUCGGGAUCAAGACUGUUUUGAAUUUCUUAUUGAAUCCUUUAGUCGUUUUCAAGUGAUUUAGGGACGAGUGAGAACAGUACGGCUUUCGGCGGGGGGUUGUCAUUACGAUAAAAGUUUUCCGUCAAUUUCAUAUACUUUUCAAGGAUUGGAGGAGAAUUUCAAGAUUUCGGACUGUUCACGCGUGACAAAAUUCCUGGGUUUAAUUUUUCAGUUUUUUUUUCAUUGAAUUUGAUAGUACGAAGCGAAGAACAUAUAGUAUGAAAAUUUAUGAAUUUCAUGAUCAGGAAUUUCUGUGGGAAGAUGUCAACAGAAGUGAUUAGUUAAAAUGAAAUUAAAUUGUUCAAUAGUUGAAGAUUUUUUAAAUAUUUUUGUCAUUUUUAUGGGAUUUCAUAAAAUCAUCAGAAAUCUGCAAGCUUUGAAUGAAUUUGGAAGGGUUUCAGAGGAUUUCAGUCCAUAUUUCAUAGGAUUUUAGGUGUUUCCUUGGGAUUUUGUUAAUUGAUCUGAAAUAGUAUUGAUCAAGUCCAGUUAAGUCCGCGAUUUGUUACAAUUUAAAAAAUUAAUUACUUUACAAGCUGAAAACUGCUCUUUCCAUGUGUAAUAUACAAUAUUUCAUUAUGUAGUUAAGCAAGAGGCGUUUUUCUUGUCGAAAACUUGGAAAAAUUGGGCGCUCCGCACUUUCAUGAAAAAUGUAAUUUUCCGAGAACCGAUUGCAGGAAUAUCUCUCCUAUUCAAUGUAAAACGUGUAUUCUCGUUGUGAGUUAUCUCCCCUGUAGCAUGACACACACAUCACCUGUAUUUAAUUAAUUGAUUAAUCAUCCAGUACCUCAUUAGGUCUGCACAUGUCCAUAGUAUGUGCAUAAAAUAUUUUUCUUACUUGUAAUUACUUUACAAAGGGGAUAAAAAAAAUAACUGUAGGUGCUAUCGAUGUUUAUGUAGCUGUCUGGAUUGAUGGAUUGACACGAGUCAAGUUGAAAAAUUCAUUCCAGAGUUGAAUGUGCCUUGUAAGAAUGGGAGAGUUAAGUGAAUAAAAAUAGUAUUAUUUUUCCCGCUGGUAAUCCCAAGUGGAUUUUCAAUCUAACGUAGAAACCAUCUCGAUGUGCCAAUCUUAGAUCUCACGAUUGAGUCAGAGUCUAAGAAGUAGUCAUAUAUAUUUUUUGUUAUUUUUAGGAGGAAAUAUCAGUGAAGAAUGAACUGCAGUUUAAUGUAACAUGAUUACAGCUUAUUUCAAAGUCACAUGACAUUUGUAAAUGAAGGAUUAUUUUUAUAUUCACGAAAUAUAUUUUCAUUUCGAAUGAUUGAAUUUUUUUUUGCUUCCGGAUGGAAGUAUUGUAAUUAUUCCGACGAUUUCUUCAAAUUGAUCCAAUUGUGCACAAUAAUAUCAAACGAUACACUAUGAGAUAAUAAUUCGCAAAUUUUGCUAAUUUUCCAUGAAGACAAAAACAAUUACGCACGUUUUUCGUUUAUGAACAAUCAUUUAUUUGGCAUUUCCGUCGACAAAACAUCUGUACAGGUAUUACGCGUUAUUGAUAUUUGUAUAAUAAUAUACAUCGGUCACUUAAAUCGAUUUACAUAUCUCCUGAUUAUUUUUAUAAGUUUAAAAAGUGUAUUGUUUCUAGGGUAGCGUGAAGAGGAAAACAUCCUCGAAUCAGUCAGUAUCUCCGUUUAUCAGGUGGAGAAUUGAUUUUAGUUUAUUUACACUUUUACAAAUAUAAAAUCGGUGUUUAUGCUUCAUCGAUGUACCUGACGUGACUGAUAUGGCUUACUCAUAGUUAAUUCAAUUUUAUAAAUAAAAUAAUUAAAUCGAUGGAUAGCAAUUGGAGCAGAACCAAUGGAAAUUUAUCAAUUGGUAAUAGGUUCGUUUAGUCUAAUUCUUCAAAAUAAAAAAAUAAAAUUGUGAGUGUCAACUCGUGUGAUGAUUUGUAUCACCGGCAGCAGAGGAGUAUUCAUUACAAUCUAAUUACUUCCCUGGAUUCUGAACUACUUGUAAAACCACGGAAUUCCGAAAAAAGUUACUCUUUUAAUUUCAAGUGGGCAUGGAAGGAAAGGAA